GCCGCCGCCGGGCCUGGGCCGCGGUCUGGAGACGCCGCUCGCGGAGGCGCGGGGAAAGCAGAAGACGCUGCCUAUGCCACAAUGCUGUCACCCAGUGACUUUGCAUCUACUUCAUGGGAGCUCAUGGUCCGAGUAGACCACCCAAAUGAAGAGGAGCAGACCGAUGUGACACUGAGAGUGUCCGGAGACUUGCAUGUGGGGGGAGUGAUGCUCAAGUUGGUGGAACAGAUCAACCUAGCCCAAGACUGGUCAGACUUUGCUCUUUGGUGGGAACAGAAGCGUUGCUGGCUUCUGAAAACCCACUGGACCCUGGACAAGUGUGGGAUCCAAGCAGACGCCAAGCUCCUCUUCACCCCUCAACAUAAAAUGCUUCGCCUCCGCCUGCCCAACAUGAAGACAGUGAGGCUGCGAGUCAGCUUCUCAGCCGUGGUAUUUAAAGCUGUCAGCGAUGUCUGCAAAGUCCUGAAUAUUAGAAGGCCAGAAGAACUUUCCUUAUUAAAGCCUUCUGGUGACUAUUUUAAGAAGAAAAAGAAGAAAGAAAAAAAUAAUAAAGACCCUGUAAUUGAAGAUAUCCUAAACCUGGAGAGUUCUCCAACAAGUUCUGGUUCCCCAGCAAGUCCUGGCUUAUACAGUAAAACCAUGACGCCCACAUAUGACCCCAUCAGUGGUACACCAGCGUCCUCCACCAUGACCUGGUUCACUGACAGCCCUUUGACGGAGCAGAACUGCAGCAUCCUUGCAUUCAGUCAGCCUCCCCAGUCACCAGACGCGCUCGCUGAUAUGUACCAGCCUCGGUCUCUGGCUGAGAAAGCCAAGCUGAAUGCAGGCUGGCUGGAUUCCUCACGUUCCCUCAUGGAACAAGGCAUCCAAGAAGAUGAGCAGCUGCUGUUACGAUUCAAAUACUACACUUUCUUUGACUUGAAUCCUAAAUACGAUGCUGUUCGAAUAAACCAACUCUAUGAACAAGCCAGGUGGGCUAUUCUCUUAGAAGAAAUUGACUGCACAGAAGAAGAAAUGUUGAUCUUUGCAGCACUACAGUAUCACAUCAGCAAACUGUCAUCUUCUGCAGAAAUGCAGGAUUUUACGAUGGAGGCUGAGGCUGAUGAAGUUGAAGCAGCAUUGUCUCACUUGGAAGUGACCCUUGAAGGGGGAAGGGCAGACUGCACUUUGGAGGACAUUACUGAUAUCCCUAAACUUGCAGACAACCUCAAGUUAUUUAGGCCCAAGAAGCUAAUAUUAAAGGCUUUCAAACAAUAUUGGUUUGUCUUUAAGGAUACAUCUAUAGCCUACUUUAAAAAUCAGGAGCUUGAACAAGGAGAACCAAUAGAAAAACUAAAUCUUAGAGGCUGUGAAGUUGCGCCAGAUGUGAAUGUAGCAGGGAAGAAAUUUGGAAUCAAGUUGCUGAUCCCUGUUGCUGAUGGUAUGAAUGAAGUGUAUUUGAGAUGCGACCAUGAAAAUCAAUAUGCCCAGUGGAUGGCUGCCUGUGUCUUGGCAUCAAAGGGCAAAACCAUGGCAGACAGCUCCUAUCAGACAGAAGUCCUCAACAUCCUUUCCUUUCUGAAGAUGAAAAACCGGAACUCGUCGUCUCAGGUGACCUCCAGUCUUGAAAGCAUGGACAUGAACCCAGAAUGUUUUGUGUCACCUCGGUGUGCAAAAAAACACAAGUCUAAACAGCUGGCAGCCCGGAUCCUGGAAGCACACCAGAACGUGGCCCAGAUGCCUCUGGUGGAAGCCAAAUUGCGGUUCAUCCAAGCAUGGCAGUCCCUUCCUGAAUUUGGCCUCACCUACUCUCUUGUCAGAUUUAAAGGAAGCAAGAAAGAUGACAUUCUGGGAGUUUCCUAUAAUAGGUUGAUUAGAAUUGAUGUAGCCACUGGGAUUCCAAUUACUACAUGGAGAUUCAGCAAUAUGAAGCAGUGGAAUGUCAAUUGGGAAAUCCGGCAGGUGGCGAUCGAGUUUGACCAAAAUGUUUCCAUCGCGUUCACCUGCCUGAGUGCAGAUUGCAAGGUCGUGCAUGAGUACAUUGGUGGCUACAUUUUCUUGUCUACCCGCUCCAUGGACCAGAACGAGAUGCUUGAUGAGGACCUCUUUCACAAGUUGACUGGUGGUCAGGACUGACGUAAAACAGGCCUGCAGGCGGUGAGCCCUGCUGGACAGAUGGGAUUUGUGUUUGUCCAGUAUGUAGAUUCCAGGCUAAUACAGCAUAUAGUCACCAUGGGACACCCAGAUCCUUACCUCAUGUAAACACACUGCCAGUGCACCCCUUUCCUUAUUUUGCCCCCUAUUGCCAGCAGUAGAAGAGGCCUGUGGUGCCUUUCGCAUAAAGUGGUUGGGGGAAAAAUAGAGUGGCACUCUAAGGUUACCCUAAAGGCCAUCUUGUGGCUCCAGUUAUGUAGCCUGCAGCAUGUGAAUGCGCUCUAAGAAGUUGGCCUUAGGCUUGUUGCCCCAUGCUAAGUGUCAGCAUUGAAGGCAGUAGGGUAAAACACUCAUGUAGCAAGUGUAGCCUCUUCUCCAAACUCAGGUAUGAAAAGGAAUGGUAUUUUCCAUACUGAAACUGAUCUUACUGAAACCAAUCUUAAUUCUGAUCUUAUCAAGAUGGCAGAGGGAGUCUCCACACACCCUUCACACCCUUGUGUGCACAUCCACAGGAGUCCACACCCACAGGAGUACAAACCCACAAUAAUUCACACCCACCAGGGUACACAUCCACAGGAGUACACCACCACAGGAUACACACCCACAGGAGUGCACACCCACAAAAGUAAACACCCACAGGAGUCCACACCCAAGCAGUAGACAUCCACAAGUGUUCAUACACACAGGAGUGCACAUCCACCAGUGUAUAUACCCACAGGAGUUCACACCCACAGGGUCCACACCCAGAGGGGUACACAUCCACAGGAGUUCACACCCACAAGAGUGCACACCCUUCACAUCCUUGGAGGUCAAGAAUGUAAAGGGGGGACAGAGCUGAAUUACUUGGUGCUCAUUGGCAACCAGCAUCCAAAGCAGUGACCCUCAGUGUCAUCAGUUUACAGUGACAUUGUCAUACCUGUUAAGGUGACCACUGACCCAUCUGGUCUUAAUCAUGGUCCUCAUAUUUUUGCUGACUCAAAAAGCAAAGUAUAGUAUAGGAGUAUAGCCUAGUAUAGUAUAGUAUAGUAUAGGAGUAUAGCCUAGCCUAGCCUAGCCUAGUAUAGGAGUAUAGCCUAGUAGUAGAGUGUUUGCCAUAGACUCCCUUAGACACAUUAAAGCCCUUAAAAACAGUGACCAAAAAAAAAAAAAAAAAAGCAGUGGCAUUGGGGUGGAGGGAAACCGGUUCCUCAGCUGAGUUCCAUGUCUCAAUUCCUUCUGCUCUGGACUGGGCUUCCAGAACAGAGGCCCAGUUCUCUGUUAAUGUAAACAAACAAAUUCUUCUCAGAGACCACCAUGUACAAGGUCUGAGGACUAGUGGCUACCUCAGAAACCUUGGCUGGUCUGGGUAAAAGAGAAUUUUCUUACAAUUCCUCAGAGUUUUCCUAGAAUUGGUGUCUGUUUAUAUGAUUCUUGGCCAUUCUGGUCUUUUCCCUAAAAACACCUUUGGCUUUGUAAAUCACAAGCCAAUAACACACUUUCACCACCAACCCCUCUGGUUUUUGUUGAGUCAUCCUUGCCCUGAGCUGAGCUUGAGCCAUUCACAGGCUCCUGAGCUGUAAUAUUCUGAUGAGGUUUGUUAAUGCUGGAAGAGGUGUCUGGGUUUUGAGAAGCUGAAAAAAAGUAUCAGAGGUAAAAGAGUUGUUUUAUUUUGUUCAUAUAAAGCCUUUUCCUACCACACAAAGAUCUCAGGUUGGAAGGACAAGGCAAGAGCUUCACAAGUCCCGGCUGUCACUGUUUUCCAGUAAAGCCACUGGGGUGGCAAGCUCUCAGCAUUUUAAGAACUACAUAGAGAUGGCCUUGGCUUGAGAUUCCCUAACCCUGAGCCAGAAGCAUCUUAUGGAAAUUCCCUUUAGCUUCUCCUUGGAGGUGCAUGGUUAUGACCCUUUCAGAUACCCACUGAAUUUCUGAGGUAUAGCUUAAAGCUCAGAAGUGGUUUAGACACUUGGAAAGACUUGUUCUCAUCAUAAAGAACUUAAUUUGGGAUGUUUAUGUGGGCACUGGUGUUAAAAAUACUGCAUUAAGCAAGAUGUUCAUUAUUUCUCUGUAGUUUUAGAGCCUACACAGGUCUUUAAGAUGUUCUCUACAUCUGUAUAUCAAAAUGGCAUGUUACCUGUUUGCUGCCAAGCACCGCUCUGCCUGCUCAGUUCACCAAAGCUGAGCAUUCCGUUUAGUUCUCUUUCUUAGCUUUUCAUGGUUGGCUGACAUUUCCAUGAAAUUCUCAAAGGAAUUGACUUGAUUUUAACCAAAUUCUCUGAUGGGUUACAAUUUUCAGGGGAGCAUUUCAUUGGUGAUUACAUAGCAACAUCCCAAAGGAAUAAACACGUGUGAAGAAACUCUCAAGUGCUGCUGUUCCAAAGAGCAACUUGAGGACUUUAGGGGUCUAAAGGCCAUUUGUUCUUGUUUUAACAUUGGAUGCAAGAGGUCAGAUGUCUUAUCUAUGAUGAAAUUUUGAAUUAAUAUGUACCUUUCACUACUAUUUGCUGACUUAUCAGCCAUGGAUGCCCAAAUCCACAUUCUGUUAUUUUAUGACCUUUAUAAUUAAAAAUUUUAUGUGAAUUAGAAUGCAA